AUGUCCCAAACAAAUGUUGCAACAUUAAUUAGUUAUGAUAUUGUUUUACAAAAAUUAAAUGAAAUUCAAACUACAUCAGAUAAAGAUGAUAAAUUUGUUCAAUUACAAGCAUCAAAAUUAUAUUCUAAUGUCAAAAAAAAUUAUGGAAUUUCUGAACUUAUUGGAGGACAUUUAAAAGUUAUGAUACCUAAAAUAGAACCACCCUAUGUUAAUUAUUUACCAUUAGAUAUAAAUCAUAUAAAUAUCAUUGAUGAUCCACCGGGAGUUGUUAUAAUGAUAUUAAAAACAGUAGCUGAAAAACUAAAUUUAACAUAUGAAUUUGUUAUUUCAGAUGAGGAAGAUAUGGGAACACUUAUUAAUGGUACAUGGACUGGAGCAUUUGGUAAAUUAAUUUAUGAUGAUUAUGAUAUAAUAGCUGGUGGAGCAACAUUAAGAUAUGAUAGAACUUUAUACACUGAUAUGACAUUUCCUUUUUAUUAUCAAUCAUAUGGUAUGAUAAUAAGAUCACCAAAACAAAAUCGUAAUUAUACAUGGCUUAUUGUAACAAAUCCAUUCUCAUUUCAUGUUUGGAUAGCAAUUGUUGUUUCUAUUAUCUUUUCAGCUAUAAGUUUUAAAAUAUUAACAAAAUUGUCAAAAAAUAUUAGUAAUGAAGAACAAUAUUCAAUAAUAGAAUCAUUGUUUAUAUUUUUUUCAAUAUUUCUUCAACAAGCUUUAACAAGACAACCAAUAAGUUGUAGUUGUAGAAUAUUAAUAUCUGUGUGGUGGUUGUCAUCGAUGACGUUAUUAGCAACAUUUACAGGAAGUUUAACGGCACUUUUUGCUGUAGAUUCAAUUAUUUAUCCAUUUAAAGACUUUGAUGGUAUGGUUCAAAAUAUAAAAAAUGGCAAAUAUAGUUUAUUAAUGGAUACUAAUUAUCCAUCAAAAAUUGAUAUGAUAGCAAAGUCAAAUUUACCAAGUUAUAAAAAUUUAUGGCAUGAAAUGUAUGUUAAUCAUAGAGUAGACUUUGUUGAUGGUUUUUUAUCUGGUAUUGAGCAUGUUAAAAAUAAUCCAAAUUAUGUUUUUUUAGCUCCAAUGGAAAUGCUUGAUAUAUAUUCAAGUUUAGAAUGUAAUACUCUAUUAAUAAAUAAUCAAAUAUUGUCAUCAUAUCUUUCUAUUCCUUUUAAAAAAGAUUCUAAAUAUUCUGACUAUUUUUCUGAUCAAAUUCGUCAAUAUAUGGAACAUGGUUUUAUAGAUAAAUGGAUAGCUGACUACAAAGUAAAAAUAUACUCCGAAAAUACAAAACGUUGUAAUGAAACAACUACACAAACUUCAAGUGAUGUUUCAUUAGGUAUGGAUAAAGCAAAAGGUGCUUUAUAUGUAUAUUUAGGUGGUGUUGGUUUGUCUAUCUUAAUAAUAUUUAUAGAAUUUAUUAUUCAUUUAUUAAUUUUGUUAUUAAAAAAACUUAAAUAA